UGGCCGGCGAUGAAGUCGAUUGCGAUCCGCCAUGACGCCGUCAAGGUCUGCGAGGAGCGCAUCGUCAUCGACGUCGACGAGGGCCAUCGCCUCGACAUCUCGCUGCUGCUGGACGAGCAAGAGCUCGCGCCACUCUUUUGCGGCGCCGCGUGGGCAGGCACGCUCGUGUGGGAAGCCGCCGAGCUCAUCUCCAACUACGUUCUGAAUGAACUCGACGUGCGCACGCUGCGUGUGGUCGAGCUUGGCGCUGGCUUGGGCGUCCCCGGCAUGGUCGCUGGCAUCCUUGGCGCGCCGCACGUGGUCCUGACGGAGCAGCCCGAGCUCGUGCCGCUGCUUCGCACCAAUAUCCGGCGAAACUUUAGCGCCUCCAACGUCGAGGCCGCCGUCUUGAGCUGGGGCACGGAGGCGACGACGGCGUUUUGCGCGCGCUACGGCGCCUUUGAUCUCGUCCUCUGCUGCGACUGCAUUUACGAGCCGCUGUACGGGCAGUCGUGGCGUGCGCUCGCGCUCUCGAUGGACGUGCUCUGCGCUGCGAACCCGGCGUGUCGCGUGCUCGUCUCGGUCGAGCGGCGCCAUGGAGACGGCAUCGACGCGUUCCUGGCGUUUCUACCGGAUGCCACGUCGCUGUCGGCGACGCUGCACCGCCGCGUGCCCAAGCCCACAAAAGCACUCUGCGACGAAGGCGACGUCCUCGAGAUCUACCUGAUCCAGCACCGACCUGCACCGUCGCACAUGAUUUCGUAAUCGCAUGCCAA